AUGUCGGGAUACCCAGGCCAAGGAGGCUACGGCGCCCAGCAGCACAAUGGAGGCGCCUCGGGCUGGGGCUACGGCGGGAGUCCUGCUCCAGGAUACGGUAACAAUGGUCCGCCUCAGUACGGUGGUUACGGUGGCCCCCCUCCCCCUCAAGGAUACGGCGGCCCCCCUCCUCCUCAAGGAUACGGCGGCCCUCCUCCUCCUCAAGGCUAUGGCGGUCCUCCUCCCCAGGGAUACCACGGCGGUCCUCCUCCUCAGGGCUAUGGGCCGCCGCAAGGCUAUCACGGAGGUCCCCCGCCUCCUCCGCAAUACAGCCGUCCGCCGCCGCAGCAAAACCAGUAUCCUCCCCCGAACCGACCGCCUCCCCAGGGCCACGACGCCUACGGCUAUCCCAUGGGAGGGAUGGGCGCCGGUCAGCGAACAGGCCCUCCCCCGCCUCAGGGUGCGCAGUCUUUCGGUAGCGGCGCGCCGCAGGGCUACACUUUCCAGUACUCCAAUUGCAGUGGUCGCCGCAAGGCUCUCCUCAUCGGCAUCAACUACUUUGGUCAGAAGGGCGAACUGCGCGGCUGCAUCAACGAUGUCUCCAACGUGUCGCGGUUCCUCAACGAGCGCUACGGCUAUAAGUGGGAGGACAUGGUUAUCCUGACCGACGACCAGAAGGACCCUCGCAAGAUUCCUACCAAGCAAAACAUGCAGCAAGCCAUGGAAUGGCUGGUCCGCGACGCGCAGCCGAACGAUGCCCUCUUUUUCCACUACUCCGGCCACGGUGGACAGACGGAAGACUUGGACGGCGACGAAGAUGACGGUUUUGACGAAGUCAUCUACCCAGUCGACUACCAGCGUGCUGGCCACAUUGUCGACGAUGAGAUUCACUACCGAGUUGUCCGACCACUCAGGCCAGGUGUGCGUCUAACGGCCAUUUUCGACUCGUGCCACUCCGCCACCGCUAUGGACCUGCCCUACGUAUACUCCACCAAGGGCGUCCUUAAGGAGCCCAACCUGGCCAAGGAAGCCGGCCAGGGCCUGCUCAGCGCCUUUAGCUCGUACGCGCGCGGUGACUUGGCCGGCGUGGCCUCGACCGUAUUUGGCUUUGCCAAGAGCGCGUUCAAGGGCGACGACGCGUACGAAAAGACGAAGCAGACCAGAACAUCGCCUGCCGACGUUGUCAUGUGGUCUGGCAGCCGAGACGACCAGACAUCCGCUGAUGCCACCAUCAACGCGCAGGCUACCGGCGCCAUGUCCUGGGCUUUCAUCUCGGCCAUCAAGCAGAACCCCAACCAGAGCUACGUGCAGCUUCUCAACAGCAUCCGUGACGUGUUGGAGUCCAAGUACACCCAGAAGCCUCAGCUGUCGUGCUCUCACCCCCUCGAUACGAACCUUCUCUUCGUCAUGUAA